UUGCUGUUUUGCUUAUGAUGUUGAGGGCUUUGUACACAACUUGAGUUACACUGAAGGUUAGGUAAAGCUGUGAGGCCGCUAAAUGAAAGCUGAGUUCAGUGUGGUUUUGUAUGUGAACAAAGUUGGCUCUUGUCUGUAGUGGCAAGCUGCCAAAGAACAAGAAUGGCAGAAAGACCUGAGCCUCUCUGUAUGCUUUGCUUUCACCAUGGCCAGGCCUGAUAGCGCUGCUGAUAAUGACCCUGAGAUGGGGGAGGGCAGUAGUUACUGCUGGCAGCCCUCUCUAACAGCAAAAAAUAAUGUCUCUUCCUCCUUCCUAGAUGCAACAGAAAUGGCAAGCUUGGCUCUUUGCCUUGGUCCAGUCACAUCUCUACUCAGAGAUUCAGGUGAAUGAGUAAGACCUGCUUGUGCAGAGAGCAGCUGUUCUAUUCAGUGCCCUGGGUCCAUUUAGGAGGCAUUUGAGUUGAAGUGAGGAUGUAUGAAUUGGCCCAUGCUCCAGCAUCAGAUCUUCUGGGGAAUUACAAGAGGUAGACAAAAGGAAAUUGAGUCACCUUGGCUCCAUGCAAGUUACUAAAAACAGCAAAUGGACCCUUUGUCCAUUCAAAGUCAUCACCCAUCUUGAUUCCUUACUCCUUAGAGUCUCUUUGCCCACCCACAGAUCCUUGAAGACCCCAUAAUCAUUUCUAUCCAGGUCUUUCAAGAGUAGAAUUUAUAGGAAGCAUUAGGAUGAAAAUGGUGCAUUAAUACUCAAAACUUUGAUAUAACUCCUUGCUCUCUGCAUUUUUCUUUUUUCCCCCAUCUCUAUCUGCUAGCUCAUAUUUUCUGCCUGGUCUGUCUGCAUAUCGUUUGCACAUUUCCUUUACAUCUUUUCCUAGCUCUAUGGCAAAUUCUGUCUCUUGUUCUGUGUUUCCUGAUGUCCUCUUCAUUAGUUAGAAAAAAUCCAGUGUGAGGCUGACAUUUGGUGUAAGGUUAUAGUUACUGCUUGUAUAGGUCUUGAUGUAAAGAGAAUAAAUGGCAUCAUCCUGUGGAAUGAAAGUGAGAAGCAUGGAAAAAAAUACAUGUCCAGAAGAACUCUGUGUUCUCAUUUAACACAGGUAUAUUCAUAUUCUUUCUAUCGCAGACCAUGUUCUUAUGCUCAGUUUUUUUAUCAGGAAUGACCAUCUGUUGAUGAGUCAAUCUGUUGAUGAGGAAAUGUAAAUACAAUUGGUUAAGGCAUUUGUGACCCCUGAGAAAUUGAGCUUCCCUACACAUUGCAUCAAUGAACUAUUUCAUAAGGAGUGCAGAGCCAAAUCUCUGUGAUACUUGAUGUACGUCAGGUCCAAAUGACACAGAAUUGGAUUUAGUGGAUACAGCAUCUUCCUAGACCUCCAUUUAAAAGAAUGGCAGUUUGUGGAGAACUGCUUUGAUGCUCACUUUCCUCACUGGAUACUGAGAGCCUCAAGAUGUGAUCUUGUUCCACAGCAGAGUUGACCAAGUGAAAGCCCUCUGCUGUCCCCGUCUAACGCUGUGCUUGGGUUACCCUCACAACCUGGAGGGCAGCGUCCUCGGCUCGGCUGUCCCAGCAGCAGCUCCGGCACGCUGUGCGCCAUCCGUGGGCUCCCACAGCGGGGGGCUCCAGGGGAACCGCUCUGCCACGGCGGAGGAGGGGCAGAAGCCAUCACCCCAUCCCCCCUUGUCUCCUCGUCCUCCAUCCCUCCUCCUCCUCCUUCCCUCCGUGCUCUCCGGGGCCGCUGUCCGCCGGGCCCGGUGCCAGCCGUGCGGGUCUCUUCCCCCGUCUAUCCGGUGAAUCCCGGCCCGAGAGGAAGAGGAGGGGUGGGGGCGGGAGCCGCGGCUUCGGAGGGGGCCUGGAGGCAGCCUGUGCCCUUCUUCAUGGCGAGGCCGGGGGAGAGCAAGCUCCCGAGGAGGGAACCUGGGAGCUGACUCAGCGGAGCAGUCCAGCAUGUUUUCCCGGGAGCACGGCUUCUCUGCCGGAGCCAGCAGAGGGAAGUCUGAGGAGGUGGUGCAGGGUUUUAGUGAUGUUAUAGACUCUCCCACUGAAGGCUUUCCAUGUGUCCUCACUCCUACUGUUCCAAACAAGACUGCAGACUUGUUUGAGAUGAUUGAAAAAAUGCAGGGGAGUCGUCUGGAUGAGCAAAGAUGUUCCCUUCCAGCUCCUCUCAAGACAGAAGAGGAGUAUAUUCCUUAUCCCAGCAUCCAUGAGGUAUUACAGAAAGGAUGGCCAUAUCCUCUCAUUAUCCUACCCCAGUUUGGGGGCUACUGGAUUGAAGGGACCAGCCACAACCUCUCCAGCUUGAGUCCAACUCUGUCUGAUGUACCCUUUUCCUGGAGUGGUAAAGUGAAACUGGAAAGUGACCCUACAGCCAAGCUGUACCGCAAACAUUUUCUGGGAAAGGAGCACCAGAACUUUUACUCCAGUGACAUGUCCUUGGGCUACCUGGUACUUUCUGUGAAAUAUGAACAGAUUGAGAAACAGGAAAACCUACGCCUGUUGCUGAGGACUCGUACUGGCACCAAACAUGAUCUAAUUCCCAUUUCCUGUCUGAAUGAGUUUCCCAAUGCUGUUCAGAUGGCAAAGCUACUGUGUGAGGAUGUGAAUGUUGAACGCUUCUUUCCUGUCCUGUAUCCCAAGGCCUCGCAGCUUAUUGUUGCAUUUGAUGAACACGUCAUAAGCAAUAACUUCAAAUUUGGGGUCAUCUACCAAAAACCUGGACAGACAACUGAAGAAGAAGUCUUCAGUAACACAGUAGAGAGUCAGGGAUUCCUGGAGUUCCUGGAUUUCCUUGGUGACAAGAUUCAGCUGCAGGAUUUCCGUGGGUUCCGGGGAGGCUUGGAUGUUACUAGAGGUCAAACAGGCACCGAGUCAGUCUAUACAAAUUUCCGGGGGAAGGAGAUCAUGUUUCAUGUGUCCACAAAGCUGCCCUUCACAGAGGGAGAUUCCCAGCAGCUUCAGCGGAAGCGUCACAUUGGGAAUGAUAUUGUAGCCAUCAUUUUCCAGGAUGAAAGCACACCUUUUGUCCCUGAUAUGAUUGCUUCUAAUUUCCUACAUGCUUAUGUGGUAGUUCAGCUCACUCGUAGCACCACUGGGGACACUCUCUACAAGGUUUCAGUCACAGCCCGAGAUGAUGUCCCCUUCUUUGGACCGCCACUGCCAAAUCCAGCCAUAUUUAAAAAGAGUGCAGAGUUUCGUGAAUUCCUUCUGGUCAAGCUCAUCAACGCCGAGUACAGCUGCUAUCGAGCUGAGAGAUUUGCUAAAUUAGAGGAAAGAACUCGGAGUGCCCUCUUGGAGAGCCUUUUUGAGGAGCUGCAGCUUCGCAGCCGCAGUAUGAUGGGAUUACCUGUAGGGGAGGAUGAUAAGAUAGAGAAUGGCAGUGGUGGCUUCCUCGAGAACUUCAAGCGGGUGAUCAGAGGCCGCAGCCAGAGCCUGGAUACCAUGGGGAUAUCCAUGAGAAAGCAGCAGCCAGCCACCCUGCCCAGCCGCCCAGCUACAGCUGGCCUUGCCCUCAGCCAGAGUGUCGCCGAGGGCCCUAAGGCCAUUGCUGCGUCUUUUGCCUUGCCUGGUAGGAGUCCAUCACGUCCUCGAGCCAGUCGCUUCCAGGGGAGACGGAGUAGUGCCAUUGGCAUUGAAAACAUACAGGAGGAAAAGAGCAGAGACACCACAGAGAGGAUACAAAGAGUGUUGGACAGUCCGGGAACUUUCUUUGACCUGAAGUCUGAUGGAUCAUCUAGUCCCAGCUCUCCAGAGUUCCCCAGCAGGAAGAGCAAAAUGCUCAGGAGUCAGACUUCAGGAUACUGUGUGAUGCAGCCACUCUCACAUUCAUCAUCCAGUGUAAGCAGUUGUUGUAGUGGAUUGAGGGAAAAUGGAACAUCUGAGGAAGAGGAGAAUGACAGGGAGCUGACGUGCUCACUUAAGGGCCCUCCAAAACAGGAUUCAAUGGUUCAGAGUAUGUGGCUGGAUGACAGUGACUGCACACCCAGUACUUCUAGCUCACCAGGAAGCAGGUUGCUUCCUUCCAGCAGUGUUGCUGGCUCCACUGGAAAAGGAAAAGGCAGCAAAGCAGAGACUCAGCACCAUAAUCCAGCCUCCAUUUUGUGCUGUGUGUGAUGUCAGCGCUGGAGCACUGUUUACUACACGCAGGGUGAGGAGCACAGGUAAUGGACAUGGGGGGAGGAGAGCCAUGGGCCCCUGGCCAUCCCUGCCUCUUUGAGACAAUGCAACAAGUGCUAUACAGCUUCUCUGGAAACAGUUAGUCCUUUACCUUCCUGCCUGAGUGAUCUUCCAUGGCCAGCAGCUCUGGGCUGUCUGAUUUACCUAAGCGCUCCCUUUCCUGGCUGCCUUCUCCCUCUCAGGAAACAGCAUGUCCCAUUGAGAUUCUGUUUUCUACCCUAAUCUAGGCACAGGUUUUUUUUCUUUCUCUUCUUGUCUUUGAUUGUUCAGUUUCCUUUGCUCAGAUACAACCUACCUUUCUCUGUGCCUAACCUCUGCUUUUUCUAAUAGUUCCAUUACUUUACAGAACCCCUUUUUGUUGCUCAUUUUCUGAUGUUGUGCCUAUCUGUACACUUGCUUAUUUGCUUUCAGCCUAUCAUUGGUGGGACCUACUUGUCCAUGCCAGUUUCACAGCUUUUCCAGACAUGGGAAGUGGGACUUGAUUUCCUGGUGAGGCCUGUAAUAAGAGCAAAGGGGAACACAACUUCAGGUUUGUUCCCUAGAAUUCAUAGUCCAGUUUUGCCUGUGUUGUUGAGAGUCUUUUUGCUCAAUGUACCUUUCCUUGCCCAGUAUAUUCUCUGGCCUGACAGCUAAACAGCUACCUUGAAAGUGGUGGGGAUGUGAGGCUCUCAGGAGCCUCACAUCGUUUGGUAUGUGGCUGAGUAGAACAGGAUCACCUUUAUGUAAUAAAAUUCUUGCAGCCAUUCCUAAACAUUCCUAAAUAGCUGCCCUGCCACCUUGUGGCAUUCAGAGCAGUCAGGUGAACAGUUCAGCUCCAUGUGGUCGUGGCCACUGGUGCCACAGCCGAUCAGAGCGGGGAGCUGAUACUCACCAGUGAGGCUGCUUCAGUGUGUGCUAGAACAAAGAUCAGAACUGAACAUGACAGUGCAGCUGCCAGCCACUGUUUACUGGGGUCAUCCCCAGAGUGUUUGCCACGAGCUUGUGCUCACGUCAUGGUUCUGUAACACAGGAGCAAGUUUGUCUAAAUGAGGGGCAGAACUCCCUCAAAGUUCUGCUGCCAAACAGGCAAAUUUUGCUCAGAAUAGGUACAGGGUCAGAAUUGCAACAGUCUGCAAACUCACUGAUAAAAAGGCAAAGGCUGUGGUUUUGCAUUUACUCUUGGCUAUUACAGGCAAUAAGCAAUGUAUCUCAGUAGUACUCAAGUAUGAUUUUAGUACCUCAGGUUUUGAGCAUUUAAUUUCCACUGAUUUGAAGUAGGUCAAAGAUGUUUAAGAUAAUUUCAUGAAAUGUAUUGCAUUCUGUAGGAUCCAUGUCUUUUGGUCCAUCUGCCAAAUCAACAACAUUCUGCCACAAAGUCAUUUUAUUUGUCAGUUGAUCUGGUUCAAAGAACAAAGUUUCAUGAGACCCUGCUUUUCACGGUGAGAUUAUUUCCAGAUGUUCUUUGAAUUCUCACCAGCUCCUUACCAGAGUACAUUAUUUCCACAAAAGGGCAUUUUACCCACUUCUGAGAUAGCACUGCUGGCUUAAAGUGAUGUUUUAGUCAUUCCAUUUUAUCACAACCUCUGAAUCAGUUUGAUAGCACAGACUGGAGACUAGCAAGUUUCAGGGGAAAAAUUGUAAAAAAUUUCUGUAACAUGGCUUCAAGGGACUCAAAGAAACCUAUGGCACCCAAAUCCAUGGUAGCCUCCUUGUCAUUCUAACUCCUCUUAUCUCUCACAAAGAUUUCCUUCAGUUGCAGGCUGGAUUUGCCCAAAGACUAAUGGGUGCACUGGUAAAAAGGAGGAAGGACUCUUCCAAUCCUAGGGUAUUCCUGAAGAGCUGAAAGAAAGAAAAAUUGUGGAUGGGGGAACCAAUGAUACUCCCACAACACUUAGAGCUGUAAGAACAUGAAGGAUACAGAUUUUUUUUUUUCUGAUGCUUUGUUUUAGGAAUUGCUGUUCAAGUGAAAAUACACAAAUAUGCUUUACCUUAAAAAGACAAAAAAGUGAAUUCCAGCUGCUGCUGUUUCAUUUGGUGAUGCAUGAGAGAGUGUGGAAUCAUGCAGAAAUCAAACUUCAUAUAAAUCAAAUUUCUGUGUGUCAUUCCAAUUCAGCCACUACAGGGCCAAGCUCAAAGUGUUUCCAUGUAGAAUUUCUUAUUUUAAUUGUUUGCAUACCUUUCCCUCUGCAGACUACAUGCUUGGAAGUCCCCCACAGCCAUAUCCAAAUCACCUUUGGAUAGGCAGAAUUAGGGCAUCCUUGAGGAAGCAAAACAGAGUCUACUUCAGUUACCAGCUGAACCUACAGCAGUGUUCCCCACCAUACUCCAACGACAUUCCUGUAAAACUUGCAUUAGUUAAAAACCCCUACAGGGUUUGGGGUUGGUGCCCACAAAUGCACGUGUGUGGUGGUUUCCUCAAAUAUCAGUCACUGCAGAGCAAGGUGUAUCAAAUAUUGUCCAGGAUGGGGACAGCUCCUUUUAAAAUACUUGAUUGGUUCCCUAGACUCUACUUUGGGCUUGAAUUGUGUCCUUUCCAGCUGCCAUGAUGCAGAGUAAAAGGAAGCAUUAAUAUCUUACCCUGUGCUUCUUAUGUCUGUGUAGUACACUGGACUUAAAAUAAAAGGAGAAUGUGGCCA